CCGAUACCUUCCUCCGCCGUUUCUCCUCCAUUAAUCACAUUUCAAGGUACUAAUGGCGGCGCCGACGAUGACCUCCUUCGCAACAUUGGCACCCACCACCUCAUCCUCCGCCUCUAUCAAGCUCGCCCCCAAAACUUUAGGGUUUAAUGUGGGGUUUCUGUCUUCCCAGCCUUCCUCGAAAUCCCUCAGAGCUCGUGCUUUCCCCUCCAAUGGCGGUUCUGGAUCUGCUCUUGGUGCUCGUAUGGUUUCGGUGUCGCAAAUAAGCAAGUCUCCAAAGUUCCUUGAUUUCGAAACCUCGGUUUUCAAUAAGGAGAAGAUUAACCUUGCUGGUUAUGACGAGUAUAUUGUGAGAGGAGGAAGAGAUUUGUUCCAUUUGUUGCCUGAUGCCUUCAAAGGUAUCAAGCAGAUUGGUGUAAUUGGAUGGGGUUCUCAGGGUCCAGCUCAAGCUCAAAACCUUAGGGAUUCUCUUGCUGAAGCAAAAUCUGAUAUUAUAGUGAAGAUUGGGUUACGAAAGGGUUCGAGUUCAUUUAACGAGGCUCGUGCUGCUGGUUUCUCUGAAGAAAAUGGAACUCUUGGUGAUAUUUAUGAGACUAUCUCUGGCAGUGACUUGGUCCUGCUGUUAAUAUCUGAUUCAGCUCAGGCUGAUAAUUAUGAGAAAAUCUUCUCGCACAUGAAGCCAAACAGCAUACUUGGACUUUCCCAUGGAUUUCUUCUUGGACACCUGCAAUCAGUCGGCCUUGAUUUCCCCAAGAAUAUAAGCGUGGUUGCUGUGUGUCCCAAAGGAAUGGGUCCAUCAGUGAGGAGGCUGUAUGUCCAAGGAAAGGAGAUCAAUGGAGCUGGGAUCAAUGCAAGUUUUGGUGUCCAUCAGGAUGUUGAUGGAAGAGCCACUGAUGUUGCGCUUGGAUGGUCGGUUGCUCUUGGUUCACCCUUUACAUUUGCCACCACAUUGGAGCAGGAGUACAAGAGUGAUAUAUUUGGGGAGCGAGGUAUUUUACUUGGUGCGGUGCAUGGUAUUGUGGAGUCUUUGUUUAGAAGGUAUACAGAAGGCGGUAUGAGCGAAGAUUUGGCUUAUAAAAAUACCGUAGAGUGCAUAACUGGGAUAAUAUCAAAGACAAUAUCGACUCAGGGGAUGAAGGCUGUAUACGAGUCUUUGACGGAAGAAGGCAAGAAAGAGUUUUUGACAGCAUACAGCGCCUCCUACUAUCCUUGCAUGGACAUCCUGUACGAGUGCUACGAGGAUGUUGCCAGUGGCAGCGAGAUAAGAAGCGUUGUCUUGGCUGGGCGUCGAUUUUAUGAAAAGGAGGGUCUACCAGCCUUCCCUAUGGGAAAGAUUGAUCAGACUCGGAUGUGGAAGGUCGGUGAACGGGUUCGCGCUAGCCGACCAGCUGGUGAUCUAGGCCCGUUAUAUCCUUUCACAGCUGGUGUCUAUGUGGCAUUAAUGAUGGCCCAGAUCGAGGUGCUGAGGAAGAAAGGACAUUCUUAUUCUGAGAUCAUCAAUGAAAGUUUAAUCGAGUCUGUAGAUUCGUUGAACCCGUUCAUGCAUGCUCGAGGUGUGUCGUUUAUGGUGGACAACUGUUCAACAACUGCAAGGUUGGGAUCAAGGAAAUGGGCUCCACGAUUCGACUACGUUCUUACCCAACAGGCUUUAGUUGCGGUUGACAACGGCACCCCGCUUAACCAGGACCUGAUCAGCAACUUCUUCGAAGAUCCGGUGCACGAAGCUGUGAAAGUUUGUGCAGAGUUGAGACCUACGGUGGACAUCUCUGUGCCUGCUGAUGCUGAUUUUGUGAGACCAGAGUUGCGUCAAGCUAGCAAGUAGAAGUGUUUUCUUCAGGAAGCAAUAUGAGAGCAGUUAAGGGUUUAGUUUGCGUUGUAAGAUGUGUUAUGGAUGUUAAAUUUGGUGAUUUUGUUGUAAUAAAAAGUCGGCCAGCCUUGUUUGUUUGGUUUCUUCAGUUUUGGUUGAAUUCACAAAAUCAGUUGAAGCAAACUCAAGAGUUGGGUUUUGCUUUCAGGGUUAAAAUAAAAUUUUUAAGCAAUGAUAAAUGAAA